AGUCGGAGAUUCGCCGGAGAAUUUGUUUCAGAGGAAGAGACUUAAGUUUCUCCGAUCUCACUAGAUCGGUCAUUGCAUUAUACCUGUUCUUCGUGUAAGUUUGAAAUCUCUGAGCCUUCAAAGGUGUAGUUACGUAACCGGCGACAUGGCUGAGCCGGAGACAGUAGACGGAGUGAAGGAGAACAAGUUAUGGAAAGGUGUGUUCGCGGUUUCCGGCAUUAUGUCUACUCUUGUCAUCUAUGGUGUUCUUCAGGAGAAGAUAAUGAGAGUUCCUUAUGGAUUGAACAAAGAGUUCUUUAAGUACUCUCUGUUUCUUGUUUUCUGCAAUCGUCUCACUACUUCAGCUGUUUCUGCUGGUGCUUUACUGGCAAGCAAGAAGGUUUUGGAUCCUGUAGCUCCGGUUUACAAAUAUUGCCUUAUUUCAGUGACUAAUAUUUUAACCACAACAUGCCAAUAUGAGGCUCUUAAGUAUGUGAGCUUCCCGGUCCAAACUCUAGCUAAAUGUGCCAAAAUGAUACCAGUUAUGGUAUGGGGAACUCUCAUCAUGCAGAAAAAGUACAAGGGAUUUGACUAUCUAGUGGCUUUUCUGGUCACCCUGGGGUGCUCUGUAUUCAUUCUUUUCCCGGCAGGAGAUGACGUUAGUCCUUACAAUAAGGGAAGGGAAAAUACUGUUUGGGGUGUUUCCCUGAUGGCUGGUUAUCUUGGGUUUGAUGGCUUUACAAGCACAUUCCAAGACAAACUCUUUAAAGGGUAUAAUAUGGAGAUACAUAACCAAAUAUUCUACACAACACUUUGUUCUUGUGUUCUCAGUUUCACUGGACUUAUAUUGCAAGGCCAUUUACUACUAGCUGUAGAUUUUGUUUCUCGCCAUAGAGAUUGUUUACUUGACAUCGCUCUGCUUUCCACAGUUGCAACAGCAAGCCAGUUCUUCAUUUCUUACACCAUUAGGACAUUUGGUGCUCUAACAUUUGCUGCAAUCAUGACAACGAGACAGCUCGCAAGCAUCAUGCUCUCAUGCGUUUGGUUCUCUCAUCCGCUUAGCUGGGAGCAGUGUAUUGGAUCGGUCAUUGUGUUUGGGUCUUUAUACGCUAAAAACUUACUGAACAACAACAAAAAAUCAGAAAAGCAACCGCCUCAGCCUCCAGAACUUCCGCAGUAUGAAAAGCCUGAGGGCUCUUAA